AUGGGGUCUGCGGCGGAGGGGCCUGUUGUGAUCAGUUCCGACGAGGAGGACGGCGCGCAGACGCCAGCCGCUGGCAAGCGCAAGUCACCGGACGCCGCCGCCCUUGCGUGGGCCGAGGCAAUACUGGACCAAGAAGACUCCGACGACGCGGUUUUGGAGAGAGUGGGUUAUCCGGCGACGAUGCUGGAGAUCUUGGAUUCCCUGAAGGCUGAAACGGGGAUUGUUGUUGGCGACGAGGGUGUGGUUGGUGCCAAGAACACGAGCACCGUGCCUGUUGCUCGUGGCAACGACGACGAUGAUGAUUGCGUCAUUCUUGACGGUGACCCUGAUAAGCCGGUUGCCGUUGCCAAGGAGGGGGACCCUCGCGUGAUGCCGCUGAGGAUGAACUGCAGACAGUUGCGGAGAAAGGAGAGACAAAUUUGUUUUCCGAAUGCAGCUGUUGAACCACAGUUCAUUUUAUUUCUUUCGAUAGCAUGCAGGGAUUUCCCUCAUCCACGCCAUCUAUGUGCUACCUUGCCAUUCAGCACCAGUUCUCAUGCAAGCCAUUGUCGUAUGUGCCAUCGUUAUGUUUGUGACUGUCCUGCUCCCUGUCCCUUGUGGGUCCAUCAUUGUCAUGCUACAGAUAAGGAUUCAAAGUGGAAGAGACUGAGGCAAUCCAAAAACAAAAUCCAGCCAAAUCCUAAACGAAGACUACCUCAGCAUUUCAAUCACUCAGUCACAACAGGACCAUCCUCGCAGUAUUCUGUGAAUGUAACUGGUUUUAGUGGAAGAUUUCCUGCACCAUCUCCUAUGCCAAGAACUAUCCCGAGCUAUGGAUCAAAAGGUGCCCAGGUUGCUCCUCCACUUUAUACACCCUCAAAUGGUAAUCAUCUGCAACCUUCUGUUCCUAGCUAUGGCCUGGUGCAGCCAGCACGGCCUCAUGCAUCUCAGCCUGCACAAGUUUCACCAGGAGGCCAUGUUAGUGCUGAGACUUUUCAGAGGUACCCCCCUCAGUUUCCUGUUGGUGCACCAAUGGGAUAUCAGGGACACCAGUACCGACCACCAUCAUAUCCUCAGCUUGCUCCUAACACGGUUGUUGGCACUGGAGUGCCCCUCUCACGGUGCUCCUCGCUGAACACUCAGGCUCAGGGAACACAACGCCCACAAGUUCCAUCGCCAGGUAUAUUAUCGAAGGAAUCACUUGCUAAUUUGGCACGUCAGUUGGGAUUAUCUGAUUACAAUAGCAAUCAGCCAUUAGGUCAGCAGUCAACGAGCACACCUCAAUAUAUGCAUAUGCAUCCUACAGACAUACUACUUGCUCAAGGUGCUCGAAAGGACAGACAACAGACUUAUGUUAAGAAAAGCUAUGUGGCAGCAACUUCACAAAUCGGGGCUUCCAGCCAUAAUUCCUCAAAUCAUGCACCUGGGGGCACUGUUGUUUCAUCCGGUUCAGUUCAGAUCCAGCAGGCUUUGUGCCAAUUGAAACCGGGCACUGUUCUUUCAUCUGGUUCAGUUCAGACCCAGCAGCCAUUGUGCCAAUUGAAAUCUCAGAGCAGUGUUACUCCGAGUGGAACCGCUCCAAAUACUCUUUACCUUCCGCAGCCAUGA